AGCGUUACUAAGUGGUUAGUUUAUAUCCUGUUUGAGCAAAUCAAAGUGACUAUGCUUAAAGCUUGGGUUCAUUAUAGUCAAGAUAAAUAUACAGGGGUACAUGUUAAAGGCACUUUGCAGUCGGAUACAGAUCCCAUCCAGCCACUGAUAUGAAAUAUUCAACAACUGUAAUUUUUGUUGUUUUGGCAACAUUUAGCAUAAGCCAAUUGGCGACAGAUGCCCAGCAAUGUUAUCAAAAUGGAAAGGAUGGAAAAGACGGAACUGAUGGAAGAGAUGGCAGAGAUGGCAGAGACGGACUUUGGGGUGAAACUGGACCACCAGGACCAAAGGGGGAAGCUGGAACCCCUUGUUCCCCUAGAAACGUGAAACAGUUCACAUGGACAGAUAUCAACGACGAUAGGGAUGUCGGUUUAAUUAAGGACGUGUGGUUUACCAAAACAACGGGAACAACCAUGCUCCGUGUCGGUUUCCAUGGUAAUGUCCGUAUCAUGGCAACUGCUGGAAAAAAUGAAGCCUGUCGCAGAUAUUGGUUUACUUUCAACGGCACUGAAUGUGACAGCCCAACGUUUAUAGAUGGACAGUUUUAUUCCAGCCAUACAUAUAAUGUUCACCAGCAUUCCACCAUUGAAGGAAUCUGUGAGAACCUGGCAGCCGGAGAAGUGGUGAUUGGUUUUCAUGUUGGGCAAUGCAGAAACCGUGCUUCUGAAACAGCCAAUGCAUACACAGGAUGGGCCAGUGCUACCAGAAUUAUCGUGGAAGAAAUCUAAAAAUUGCCAAAAAUGCGUGUUUUUUUCAUUAUUUUUAUGCUAAUUUUUUCUACUGAAUUACAUGUACCGGGUAUGAUCAUGUAGGCAUAUGCCCCUUUACAGCGCUAGAUAACAAGCUUUUAUAGCAGGCCUGUGCCUCGGGAAUUUCAAGGGACUACC